GUGACCUCGCGUUUUCAAGGCCGUUUACGGGAAUUAAGCUAGAGUUGUUAAUUUUGGGUUUACGAUACUUAAAGCUUGAUUAAUGUUCGUCUGCUGUUAAUCUCGUUUGUAAAACAAAUAUGUCUGCCCCCAGCAAAAAGCGUGCGCUUGCGGAAGACAAAAAUGUCAGUGGAAAUGAAGCAGAAGGUGACGAUGAAGAAGAUAUGGAAGAUGAUUUCUGGUCUGGAGAUGAUGGUGACGACCUAGAUGAAGAGGAAAAACAGUUCAUCAACCAGGAAGUUCAGGUCGAAUUUGAAGCUCGUAAUGCUGAAGACAGUGAUUUCCAUGGGAUACGACAGCUUUUACAACAGGUGUAUCUAAAAGCAAACAUCAAUCUCUCAGAAUUGGCUGAUAUGAUCAUUGCACAGAAUUAUGUUGGAAGUGUAAUAAAGCAAGUAGACGUACCAGAGGAAGAUGACAGUGACAGUGAUGAUGGGGAUGAUGUAUUUGGGGUUAUUUCAGCAAUCAACCUGACUGAGAAAAAGGAUGCUGAGAGUGUGCGGCAGCUCCACUCCUACCUCCUUGGAAAGUGUCAGGCAUGUGAACAGAAACAGCAGCAGUACUUCAAAGCUCUCUUAGAGGACCCUAACAAACAAGUGGGCUACCUAGUUAAUGAGAGACUGAUCAAUAUACCACCACAGAUAGCUACACCAAUGUUCCAAAGUUUAAAAAAAGAAAUGGAGAGAGCUGUAAAGAAGAAAAUGAAAUACAGUUUUGAUUACUUUUUGAUGGUAGCAAAGACAUACAAAACCAAGCCUUCAAAUCAGAAGAAAAAAGGCAAAAAUAAAACACAAACACCAGACGAAAUAACAUUUCUUAAUCCGGAGGAAGAAUUGUUUAGUGAGGAGUCUGUGUUGUCAUUUGACUACUCUGUGGCCAGUGAGCGUGAUGGUGUGGUAGGUGGACAGUGGGAUGAUGAAGAGGAAGAGUUUGAACCAUUCCGACGAGUUAUGUUCAUACCAGGGGACAAGCUGGACUCCUUAAUCAUCAAAGUACAGCAGACUUUUGGGGGAAGUUGAAGCUGAGGAUUUAUAUGAGAAUAAUUCAAUUUUAAUUUAAUUCAAUUUAAGCUAAUCAAUUUCUUGUUAAGCUGUUGUUUGCUUUAAUUGUAUGUUCAUGGCAUUCAUACAUAUAUACCAAUGGCUAACUUGUAUCACUGAAGUUUUUUUUUUAAAGAACUGGUGCAAAUACCUGAAGUGUAAUAUCAUGGGAUAAAGGAAAUAAUAUAAUAUGCUAUAGGAAAAAUCAGUUUGUAUAAUUACUAUGGAUUGCAUUAGUAGUAAUGUAGUUGCAUGUGUAAGCUGAUAAAAAAGCAGGAUCAUGUUCUUGAACUUGAGGAAAAUUAGAGUUUAUUUUGUCCAAAUGUUUUACAAUUCCACGUGGAAAACUAGCUGGUAUUCUCAAGGCUAUUGAAAAGUUUUUAACUAAAAAAUGCUAUUCAAAGUGAAUUUUGGAUGCAUAUUAGGCCAUAGUAUGGGACCUUAUCCACCAAUGAUUAUAUCUGCUCAGCAAGAUACACAAUGGUCUAUCUUCUGAUGCCUUUUUUUUUCAAAUUUAAGCACUUAACAGAGCUCUAUAGAGCAUUUCCUCCAGAGUAGGAAUGGGAAUGUCUUCCCUUUUCACAGCCGUGUUGGCAACACACAUGUCUACACCAAGUCUAAUGUCAUUCUCUCCUUCAGGGACAAGUACCACAGGUGAUACCCAUGAUGACGAACCUGUCGCUUUCCCAAUUAUGUCACAGUUUUCUAGUUCAUCCUAAUUCUUUUCCAAUCGAUCACAAAGAGCAAAAGGAAUUCUUCACAGCUGCUGUGCCACUGGUGUAACACUCUCGUCAAUGGGAAUUUCAAUUUUUCAAUUCUUCCAUUUUUCCAGUUCUUCAAAAAAGCAUUCGUAUAGAUUGGAGAAUAACUGCAUUUGCUUUGUCUUCUAGUGAUAUGGGCAGUUUUUCUCUAGUGAGAACUUGAGGCAACUGUAUUCUGCAGUUUUCUUCUAAGACUGCUGGUUGUUUUUCAUUGCGUAAAGUGGUCAGUGUAGUGUUGUUUCACUUCCUGACUCUCCUAGCUUCUCCAUUAACUCAGUGCAAAAGGUGGUGUUUAACCCACCAUCCAAUAGAGCAUAUGUCAGCACUUGUUUCCUCCCAUGCACAUACUUAACCUUGACUGGUGCUAUGAGAAGGCCUACUGUAGUUUCUUCAUUUCCUACAUGCAGUUGUCUAUGCAUCUCCUGUUUUAUAAAAAUAUGAGACACAAGGUUCAAAACAAGGGACACAUCAUGAAUGACAUUUUUUAUUUCCAUAAAACAAGUUUUAUUUCUUAAAAAAAAAUGCACCUUAGUCAAAAUCCUGAGAAGAGGUCCAUUUAGUUUUGUGGUUAUCAACAUUUGUAAAUUUUAAUAAUAAUAAUAAUAAAACACUUCUUUAAAACCGCG